ACAGCGCGGGGCCGCAGGGCGGGGGUUUGGACCCAGGGUCUCGGCAGCUGCGGUGGCAGGGCAGCUGGGGUCGGCCGGGGCCGCCGGCAGAGGGGGCGCGGGCGCUACUCCAGAGGUGACGAUGGGCAAGGAAGAGGAGAUCGCGCGAAUCGCCCGGAGGUUGGACAAGAUGGUGACCAGGAAGAGCGCGGUGAGGGGCGCGGGCCGCCAGGACCCUGGGACCCCCGCCCUGACGACACCUGGUUGAGCCCGCAGCGGGCAGGACAAGAUCCCGCCCCGGCUGAGACCCCCGCCCGGGCCCUGCCCUCCACUUGUCCCCGGGACUGCCGCUCUGGACUGAACGCCGUGCGGGCUACGAGACCCGCAGGCAGCCGCCUGCCCGCCCGCCCCGCAGGGGCCCCUUGGUCGGCCGAGGCGGGCCCCCUUUCGCCCUGUCUGGUCUCCCCCUCCCCGCAAGAACCAGGUUUCUCUAAUAAAUUGUUUCCCUCCCUUAGCCAGAAGCCAGUCGGUGUGGGCAGAUGGUAGAGAGGCUGGGAAGAGCCUGUGGGCUUUGGGAGGCCCCCGAGGAGGUCUGGCUCGCCCCUGCUGCUUGGCCUCUUGCCGCCCGGCGCUGAGCCUCAAGAGGUGCUGUGUCAAGCCGCCCAGGUCUAGCCCGGCUUCUGACACUGACAACCCUUGCAGCCUUUCGGGAAGCAUCCUCAGUAGAUGGUGCCAGUGUCCUGCCUGUUGUGGGUGGGGAGGGACUGGAGAGGUAGUGAAGGAGCUUCUUAACGUGACUUGUCCUUCCGGGAGGUGGUUCCUGGGAGAGCCCUGUCGGUGAAGGAGGGAGCCAUGGACCUGCUGCGGGAGCUGAAGGCCAUGCCUAUCACGCUGCACCUGCUUCAGUCUACCCGUGUUGGGAUGUCUGUCAACGCCCUGCGGAAGCAGAGCUCGGAUGAGGAGGUCAUUGCACUGGCCAAGUCUCUCAUCAAGUCCUGGAAGAAGCUUCUGGAUGUUUCUGAUGGUAAAACCAGGGAUCGAGGGAGGGAUACAACUCUACCCACAUCAUCCACAAAGAAUGCCUCAGAGGCCAUGGAUCCCAGCCGUAAGAGGCUGGAGCUGACCAGGGUGCCAUCCACCCCAAGGAUCACCACAUUUCCUCCGGUGCCCAUUACUUGUGAUGCUGUACGCAACAAGUGCCGUGAGAUGCUAACCACUGCCCUGAAAACAGACCACGACCACGUGGCAGUCGGCGCAGACUAUGAGCGUCUGUCGGCUCAAAUCGAGGAGUGCAUCUUCCGGGAUGUGGGAAACACAGACAUGAAGUACAAGAAUCGUGUGAGAAGCCGCAUCUCCAACCUGAAGGACGCCAAGAACCCGGAGCUUCGGAGGAAUGUGCUGUGCGGUGCCAUAACACCCCAGCAGAUUGCAGUGAUGACAUCGGAGGAGAUGGCAAGUGAUGAGCUGAAGGAGAUCCGUAAGGCCAUGACCAAGGAAGCCAUCCGGGAGCACCAGAUGGCCCGCACAGGUGGUACACAGACAGACUUGUUCACCUGUGGCAAGUGCAGAAAGAAGAACUGCACCUAUACACAGGUGCAGACCCGUAGCUCUGAUGAACCCAUGACCACCUUUGUUGUCUGCAAUGAGUGUGGAAACCGCUGGAAGUUCUGCUAAGCCUUCAUGCAGAUGUGCUACAGUCCCAGGCCAUGGUCUCCCACAUUCCUGGUGGACACAGCUUCUCUGGAGACCCUCAGAAGGUGGCAUGCUUGCUCCAGCUUGCCUGCUUGGCAUGCACUGUUCUGCCUUUUGCCCCUCAUUAUUAAAUGUUUUGUUUUGCCA